UUCAAAUUUUUAUUAGAUCGAGAUCCAAAAAGAAGAGAAGAAAAAAAAGCAAGUAAAUGUAUUUUUUGGUUAUAAGUACAGUUGAAAGUAAUACAUCGUUGUAAUAUCUGCGCAUACUCACACUGGUUGCGCAGCAGGAUAGCGCAAUGGAUUUACUCGCUCGCUAUCGUUGAGCGCGCGUUGGCUCUCAGUUGCCGUUCGACCGGUCGUCAAGCAUUAUCGUUUUUUUUUUUUGUCGCGAGUGUGAUUACAUUUAAUAACUGCCUCGAUUUUUCUAACUUAUCCUUUUUCGGGUGUGAUUUUUCAUCUCAUUUUAUCGAUAGCUUCUUUCGCAACGAAACCAUUAGCAAAAGAUUGUUAUCGAUUUUUUUCUAACGAUUUUAAGGAUCAUUUAAAUCGACAUAUUGCUACGAUAUUGCUACGAUAUUGCUACGAUAUGGGUACACCGGGCAAACAAGUGCGGAAUGGUACUUAUGAGUUCGAUUACAUGCGCGUACCCGAAAACAAAACACGAUGGGAGAUUCUACGUGACGGCAUUUACAAUUCUGUCGAAGGCACCUAUUGUGGUCACCCACCUAAAAAAUGGGCUUACACAGCAAUCUUUUAUACUUGUUUCUUCUCGUGUUUGGCCUUGCUCUUUGCAAUUUGUAUGAAGGGCCUUUUGGCAACACUCAGUACCGAAAAACCUAAAUGGAUAUUGGACAGUAGUAUCAUUGGGACUAAUCCAGGUCUUGGAUUUCGGCCAAUGUCGGAAAAUCCAGAUGAAAGAUCUUUAAUCUGGUACACAGCAUCGAAUGCAACCGAAGUGAAGAAGUGGACCAAACUUUUGGAUAAGUUUUUAGCAGAAUACAUAGAUCCGAAUAUUUUACCAAACGGUGGAAGGAAUCAACAGAUUUGCAGUUAUACCCAACCACCAAAACCUGGAAGUGUUUGUGCUGUUAAUGUCAAUAAUUGGGGACCUUGUUCGCCGAGCCAGAAAUAUAGUUUCAACAAAUCAGCACCUUGUAUUUUUAUUAAAUUAAAUAGAAUAUAUGGAUGGGUACCGGAAUAUUAUAACGACACCAAAGAUUUACCAUCGGACAUGCCGAUUAAUCUAGUCAAUCAUAUUAAAAAAACCAACAGUUCUUGGUUAAACACCGUGUGGGUAUCGUGCAAAGGGGAAGAUCCAUACGAUACUGAAACUAUCGGUGAAUUAGAAUACUAUCCACAGAAUCAUGGAUUUCCAGGAUUUUAUUAUCCAUACGAGAAUAUUCAAGGAUAUUUAAGUCCUCUCGUGGCCGUACAUUUUCUUCGACCAGCUAGAAACACUAUAAUCAACGUUGAGUGUAGAGCAUGGGCGAAGAAUAUUGAAUAUAGUACGAGAAAAUCGGAGAAAAAAGGCGCAGUACAUUUUGAACUUUUGAUAGACUAGUCACAUAUGUUUUUUCGUUCGAUUUAAUGCUAACUUGAACAAACCAGAGAAACGUUUCUCGUUUAAAUGUUUAACGAACUUUUUAGAGUUAUCUUUGGUAUAUUAAACAUAAAUAGAUAAUACACCUGAUAAUGAGCAUGGACGAAUUACGAAAUAGAAAUUAUUUAAUCAAAACAUUUCUUUAUAUUAUAUCAAUAGUUUAUCGAUUUUUCCAUUGGAUAAAGUCAUUAGCCAAUGAUCAAUUGUAUCUUAUAAGUUUUACCGUGAUAUCAUCAUAUUUAUUAUGUUAUUGUAUAAUGUAUAUGACAGAUGUCAACUUUUUUAAUCUAUCAUCUAUUCCAUGUGUUCUACAAUAGCGAGAAAAGUAGACGUGCCAACGAACUUAUCGCUCCGAUAGAAAUAAUAUUCUAUUAACUUAUUACCAAAAUAAGAGAAUAGAAUUGAAUUAUGCGUUAUCUAUGGUUGUCAAAGAAAAAUCACACACGCGGUCUUAUUUUAUAUAAGCAUUUUCUGACAUCUUCCAAUUAUCUCAUAGAUGAUAAUCGCAUUAUGAUUAUAUACUAUACAUUUAGGUUUGUUUUGUUUUUUAUUUUUUAUUAAUAAUAAUUGAAAAAUAACUUAUACGGACAAUAAUAUUAAUUUUUAACAAAAGAUUAACAACCAGUUAAGCGUGGCGAUCUCUGCGCAGAGCGCGCUCUGGUGUGUGUCGCGAUAAUCAAGCGAUGACGGAUAUAGUCGUCGUCAAACACAGUCGACGGAUAAGUGGCGCUGUUGAAACAUUGGAUAGUCAAAAAGAUGACUUUAUUUUCAAAAAUGAACAAUUUUCUUAGUAAUGUACACACAGUCUCUUAAUA